AUGGAUGAUAAUAUGAUGAUCGAUUCAACGACUUCAGCACGAUCCACACUCACACAAAAUUUUCAAGCAAUCGUUAACAAUAACCAAGUUGUUCUGGAUUGGAAGGAUUUUUCAGAAAAAGUGCUUUUAAGACCAAGAUUUCCGGAUUAUUUUCGAUACUUUGAAAUUGAGGUAUCAGAUCAUCCCAACGAAAGAUUAAUUCCACAUUUUCCUCAAGCCAAAGCAUUCAUUGAUGAUGCACUUUUAAAUAAUGGUCGAGUCUUUGUUCAUUGUAAUGGAGGAAUCUCGAGAAGUCCCGCUUUCGUGGUGGCUUACGUCAUGGAAACUACAAAGAUGGAUUAUCAACAUGCAUAUAGCUUUGUACAGAAUAGAAGAUUUUGUAUGAAUCCAAAUGAAGGGUUUAAAGUACAAUUAAAGGAAUAUGAACCGAUUUAUUCCGCUAGAGAUUCAUGA